AUGUUCUCCAUCGGAAGAUAUGAUCACUAUGACCUGCUGGGUCUCACUUCUGAGGCUGGAGAGAAAGAUAUCCAGAAGGCAUAUCGGAAACGCUCUCUUGCCGUCCAUCCGGAUCGUAAUCCAGAUAAUCCAGAAGCAGGUACGCUAUACACAUCCAUAAUUGUCAAAUUCACCCACAAUCCUCGUCAUAUACAGCCAUCUAAUGUGUCUCACGUUUUAGCGCAGAUGUUCCACGAGUUGAAAAUAGCCCAUGACGAGCUAUUGGAUCCUCAAACGAGGUCACUCUUGGAUGCAAAGAUCAAAUCACUACAAGCCAGCGCUGAGCGGCUGGCCAAAGCGAGCGUCAAACGCAAAGGUCUGUUGGACGCCUUGGAAGAGUCCGAGCGGCAGCAUAAAAAGCAAAAGACGAUGACGGAGUCUGAAAGGCAAAAACAAGAGGCAGAACAGAACGAGAUCAAAGAGGAAGGGCGACGUCUAAGGGAAGAACGGGAACAAGCAAACUCUAAACUGGAGCAAGAGGCUAGGUCUAAUGCGCAAUCACAAGACCAGUCUCUCUUUUCUACACAAGUUGAUUCACCCAUCAAACUUAAAUACGUCCUGACAAAUCGACCUGAUCUCGAUACAGUCCCAGCUUUAUAUCACAUACUCCGACAAUUUGGUCAGAUAGACGAGUCGUCUAUCACACUCACUAUCAAACCACCCAAGAAUAAACCAAACAAGCCACCGAAAUUUGCAACUGCAAUCGCAAUUUUUAGGAAGAUUGAAGGCUCGUUUGGCGCAGUGGAAUCGAGCGGACAAGAGGCACGGGGCUUGAAGGACGUUGAGAUCACCUGGCUGAGUGGUGAAGAACCAGAGCCUGUUCGCCAACUCAGGAGCACGGGGAUCCUAGGAGGCAGGAGUGGCACCUCUGGUCCAACUACCAAGGUAGAGAGGACAGACAACUCUUCGACAGCUGCCACGGCUGCACCUUCAGCGUCACACCCCACCUCUUCAUCACGCGAUUCUGCAUCAACUAAGCCAGGUGAAGGCCGACUAUCGGGCGCAGGAAUCAACUUUGAGUCUGCGAUCCUUAUGAGGAUGCGACAAGCCGAGCGGGACCGUUUAAACAGAGGCCAAGGAAAAGCUGAAUGA